AUGUCGUCUGCUCUGUACCAGAUCGCUGAGCUCACCGGUGCUAACUACCAGCACUGGGCCUCCGACAUGCAGAACUACCUCAUGGCGCACUCGCACUGGACUGCGAUCGUCAAUCCUCGUCCUGCUCUCUCUGCGACCCCCAACGCUCAGGAGCUCAACGACGAGAAGGCCUGGGUCGACCACGACAUGCAGGCUAUGGGCUGCAUUAAUUUGCGCCUCUCUAUGUCUAUUCGCUCCAACACGUCGGACCUCACGACCGCCGCCGCCAUCUGGCAGAGGCUGAAGAAGGACUACGGUUCUCUCGCUCUAGGCAACGUCUACCACGAGUUCUCUGCUCUACUGGCAACGAACAUCCCUGGCAACUCGCACCCUGCUCCCACGCUCAACAAGAUGCAAGCGCACUGGGACCGCCUCAAGGAGGUCAAGGUUGUCUCGACCUCUGCACUCGCUACAGCACGCUCCCAUACCGCUACUGCCAGCAUCUCUGCUGCGGGCUCUACUGCGAUCCCUGCCACUGAGCCGCUCCCUGAGUGGCUCCUCGCCAUGUUCAUCAUCGCCAAGCUCCCGCCGCAGAUGUCGUUCAUCAGCCAUCUGCAGCAGCAGAAGCAGCCUACCGAACUCGACGUCGACGACAUCCGUCGUCAAGUCAUCCUCGCCUACGAUCAGAGGCAGCUCCACGCCUCGUCGAGCAAGAAGCCAAACGAUACCGCCAACAAGCUCAGCGCUGUCAAGCGCAAGCAAGGCAACCAGUCUUUCUCUCAGCAGCAGCGCCCUAACGGGCAGCAGCAACAGCAGCGGUCCUCGCAGUUGCAGCAGCGCCCUCAGGGGCAGCAGCAGCACUUGGACAAGCGCCGUCGGGGUCGCUCUGGCCGUGGCAAGGGCAAGGACAAAGGCAAGGGAAAGGCGUACGUCGCCAACUGUGACCACGAUGUCACUAUGGCGUCUGUGGCAGUCGCCGCUGACGAACCUAAGCCGGCUCCACGCCGUGCUCCCUCUCCUGUGAAUGGCGCGCUGAAGCUUGCUCGCGACUUAGGGAUCAGGCCCACGCCCGAACAACUACGGGUCCUCGAGGCCACCGUCGAGCAACAGGACACCUUCGAGAACCACCUCGAGCGUAAGCGCCGGAUCGAGGCCGUCAACCGCCUCAAAGGGACGUGGCACUACGCCUACUGCGAAGCCGAACCCCCAUGCCGGACGCAGGCAGACCACAAUUUCUGUCCUGCCAUUGAACCAUUCUGCACCGCGGAGACGCCCUGCCGCACCUUCGACGAGCACAAGAAGUGUCCGGCCCUCGGUCUCUCUUCCGUCCCAGCGACAACAAGACCAGCAGGCGCGACAGGAGCAAGCCGAAGCCCCUCACCCGGUACCGGCUCGGAUCCUUCGCUUCGAGGAGUUCCCCCCACUCCGCCAUUCCGCGGAACGAGCGACUCGAGCGAUGAGGAAUGCGGAGCAAUUAGCUCGGAUUUCCGCCUGGCAAACAUCUCGCCGACCCUCGACUCCGACGAGGAGGCCCUCCGCGCCUUCAAGCGCAUCCGCCUCUCUCCCUCCUCUGACGGAGGAUCAUCUAACUCCUCUUGGACGUCCGGCCGGCCCAACCUUAUGGACCGGAUUUCGCCGCGCCCCACCGGCACCUCGUCAACACCGCUCGCCGAGCGAAUCUCCUCGCGAGCACCGACGCCCGAGUACGUCCCUCCCGACGCCUCCGAUGACGAGUGCGACGACUUCGUCAGCAUUGGGUCGCGGAGUGAAUCACCUCUGGGAGAUGAUCCAGGACAUGCUGGACCGUCCAGAUGGUCAGGCAUGAUCGUCGAUGACGAUGAGGAUGUUGGCCGCAUGUAA